UAAUAAUAAAGGAAAAACAGAAUCGAGCUUUGCUAAAAUUUUGCGCCUGUAGCCACUGUGUAAUCUUCAAACGAAACAAACGUAGGUAGCUAUGCAAACUUUACUCUUGCCGGCGGGUCGCCCCGGCAUCGGAACUGCUCCAUUUGCUCUUCCACCUACCGGAAAACCAUUAGCCGGACGACCAAAUAAUGCCCUAAUUUCAUCAUUACCGUUUUCCUUUUUGCAAAAAGAGCCACUUAAUUUGCCUCAAUUGAGCAAAAGGACCAGAAUAUUAGCUUCUUCUCCCGUUUCUACACCCUACACUUCCCCAAAUGAAGAUCCUGAAAAAGCCAAGUUGCUUCAGGUUGCAAAAAGACUACAGGAUACAGCAAGGUACUUCAAAAGAUUGGGUACGCUAGGGUUUUGGGGACAGCUGGUAUGUACGCUUGUUGCUGCAGUGAUCCUUUCGUUUUCGGUUGUGAUUACGGGGAAGAUUACAUCGCCCUUCACAUUCUAUUCAACUGCGGCUGGAAUUGCAGCUGCUUUUAUUUCAGUAUUUUGGUCAUUCGGCUAUCUUCGUUUGUCUGAAAAGCUUCGGAGGUCAGCUAAUGAGCCUUCAAAGGCUCCUCCUCGUGCUGAUGUUGUGAAAAGCUUGAGAAACGGAAUAGUGGUGAACCUUCUGGGAAUGGGUGCCGCUAUACUUGGCAAUCAAGCAACUGUAGGUUUAUUGGUGGCUAAGGCUCUUACCACAUCAACUAAUCCUUACCAGGGUUUGACUCCUGGGAGCAGCCCUGUGCUUGCUUUGGAUGUAUUUCUCGUUCAGGCAUCAGCAAAUACCGUCGUUUCACACUUUCUAGGUCUGGUAUUCUCAUUGGAGCUGCUGCGCUCAGUCACCUUACCAACUUCAGAAGGCAUUCCGGUUCCAAGGGCUGCAUGAGGUGCUUGGGGAGUCAACAUCAUAAUACUCUAGAAAGUUUCAGCAAUAGGCUUUUGAGAUCACAGCCAUGUGUUUUUACUAUAAUAUAAGUGACCCACUUCUUGAUGACUUGCAAAUGAAAUUAUUAUUCUUUCUCCAA